AUGAAGAAGAAAAAGAUAUCACGUGGGAUGCACGUCUUCUCCGUCGUCAUGUUCAUGCUCCGUCGUCGCCGGAGGAGAAAGUCCAUCAACACCGGUUUUUGGCGGCGAGUGGUUGAGUCCGUACGUAAAGUACAUUCCGAAAUUACGAUCAUGCCAUCGUCCAAUUUCAUAAACACUAUCGUCCUUCCUCCGGCUCCUCAUCCGCUGACGGAAAGUGGCGAAGACGAUGACAAUGAUGAUGAGGAUGUUGACGAUUCCGGGGAUCGUAUAUCGGAGGCUAUGGAGGUUUUCACGGCGGCUUCUUCUUCAUCAUCGUCCGGUGGAAUCUCAGGAUAUGGAUCUGCCAUGAAUUUACGUGACUUGGAUUAUCAUUACGAUGAGAAUGAUGAUGAUGUUGAAUGUUAUAGCGAUGGUGAAGGAGGAGAUGAUAUGAUAGACAAGAAAGCUGAAGAAUUCAUCGUGAAGUUCUAUGCGCAAAUGAAGAUGCAAAAUCAGGCUUAUUCUCAACGUUGCAGAGACAAAAGGCAAAAGGAUCAUGGUAAAAUAAAUCAUGAUGAUUCUAACUAA